AUGCCCUCUCUCAGUACUGGCGCCCUCAUCGGGCUUGCGGCAUACCUGGCGGGCACAACCGCGGCCGUGACGCUGCAGCAACCGCUGUUGACGAACAGAACAGUGAGGCUCGAUGGAUACGGAAGCUUCAUUGGAACUACCGUCAACCAGACGCUUAGUGGGAAAGCACUGCCUGCGCCGGUUGACGCGUGGCUCGGUAUUGACUACUCGACGCAACCGGUCGGCGAGGGCCGCUUUGCCCCGGUGGACUGGCCAGAAGCAUUCGAAGGAGUGAAGCCCGCGACAGAGUACGGCAAAGCCUGCGUCCAAGAUCCCACCAGCGUCAACAUCGCAAUUCAGGAUGAGGCUUGCCUCAACUUCAAUGUGUUCCGGCCGCAGGGCAUUCCCUUGACCGAGAAGCUCCCGAUUCUGGUUUGGAUCCAUGGAGGAGCUUUCUACUCUGGAAGCUACAAAUCCUUUGACGGUGCUGCUUUUGCGGCCUCGUCGGAAUCACCAAUAGUGGUCGUCAACUUUCACUACCGCGUCAACUCUCUGGGAUUCUUGCCGUCGGCACUGUUCGACGAGGAGGGUCUCCUCAACCUUGGACUCCGUGAUCAGAAACUGUUUCUUCAAUUCGUCCAGAAGCACAUCGCGGCUUUUGGUGGCGACCCGGAAAAGGUCACCAUCGCUGGCCGUUCUGCAGGAGGACACUCGGUGGGGAUCCACCUGUUCCACAACUAUGGGGAGGACGAAGGCAAACCGCUCUUCUCUCAGGUGUACCACCAAUCUGGGUCCGUUACGGCCCGGGCAUUCCCCAACGCUACCUACCCGCUCUACCAAGAGCAGUUGGACAAGUUCACGAACUAUCUCGGAUGUCCAAUUGAAGGAGACAACGCGGCCUCCUUGGCUUGCCUGCGGUCAGCGGACAUCAACGCGAUUCGCAACAUCAGCGUCGAUUUGUACAACGAAUACAACCCGAACAUCACCUGGCCUUUCCAGCCCGUCCAAGGCGGGCCACUUCUAGAGAAGUUUGGGUCGCAGUCUGGCUACGAUGAAACCUUUUUCAAGGUGCCCGUCAUGUCCACCACUGUUUCGGACGAGGGAAAGUACUACACCAUUGGCACGCUCGAAACCAACGAAGAGUUCCUGGACUUCAUGCACAACAUCUCUCCGGCUUUGAACGAAACCGACAUUGCCUUAUUGGACUCACUGUACCCCGAUCCGUCCACGGACCCUUCAUCGCCCUUCGCCAACUCUCCAAACAGUACGCAAUACAACCGACUCUCUGCCGCCUUCAGUGAUUUCGCGUAUAUUUGUCCAGGUCAGGAAACAGCUUACCGCGUGUCGACUGCGGGUGUUCCUACCUGGAAGGGGAGAUUCAACACGAACAACUCGUACCCGGCGUGGCAGGGCAUCCCGCAUACAUCGGACACGAAGUACACCUGGAACGAGCCAAGCGUACAAUAUCCUGAAAUCAGCCACCUAUACCAUGCAUACAUAGCUAGUUUCGUAGCAACGGGUGACCCCAACACGCUGAGGUACCCGGGAAGCCCCGAGUGGCCCCAGUAUACUCCGUCCGGAUAUGGUCUGGAUUCGGAGCCUGCUGUACAGCUGCUUGUCCAGCCAAAUGGGACAACGGUUGAGAAGGAUGUGAUUCGAAGGGAGGCGUGCCUCUAUUGGAGGGACCCAGAGAGAGCGUCGCGGCUGAACAAGUAA